CAACAGAUCUCAGUGGUCAUGGCCGGUAGUCUGAUCCACCACGGGUCCCCAAAACCCGGAUACGCGUCCAACGCGGUCCAGAUGCCAAUCAUCACGCAAACUGACUCAAGGGACAAAUGGAGCAAAAAGAUGGACUUUCUCUUGUCUGUCGUGGGCUUUGCUGUAGACUUGGGAAAUGUUUGGAGGUUUCCUUACAUAUGUUACCAGAACGGUGGCGGAGCUUUCCUUAUCCCUUAUAUUCUGAUGGCCAUCUUUGGCGGGGUGCCGCUCUUUUAUAUGGAGCUGGCUCUGGGACAGUUCCACAGAACUGGAGCCAUAUCCAUAUGGAAACACAUUUGUCCCAUCUUCAAAGGUAUAGGAUAUGCCAUUUGCGUUAUCGCUCUGUAUGUUUCUUUCUACUACAACACCAUCAUUGCCUGGGCCCUCUUCUACUUUUACUCCUCCUUCUCCACCAUCUUGCCAUGGACAAACUGUGACAACGUGUGGAACACUGACAACUGCACCAAUUAUUUUGGAAUGGAUAACGUCACCUGGACGAAUUCUUCACGAUCUCCGGCAGAGGAAUUUUACACGAGGAAUGUCCUUGAGAUCCACAAGUCGGCGGGUCUGGGAAAUGUGGGAGGUGUUCGCUGGCAGCUGAUGCUCUGCCUUUUUCUCAUUUUCACCAUUGUUUACUUUAGUCUGUGGAAGGGGGUGAAGACUUCUGGCAAGGUUGUAUGGGUGACCGCCACUCUGCCCUACAUUGUCCUUUUCAUCCUGUUGAUCCGCGGUGCAACUUUGCCAGGUGCUUGGAGAGGAGUGGAAUUUUACCUCAAACCCAAUUGGGAGAAACUGCUGGAGACUAGUGUGUGGGUUGAUGCUGCUGCUCAGAUCUUCUUUUCCCUCGGUCCAGGCUUUGGAGUGCUACUGGCACUCUCCAGCUAUAACCCUUUCACCAACAAUUGCUAUCGUGAUGCCAUUGUGACCAGUUUGGUGAACUGUGUGACCAGUUUUGUGUCUGGGUUCGUCAUUUUUACCGUGCUGGGUUACAUGGCGGAGAUGAGGAAAGUGAAAGUUGAGGAUGUGGCCAGAGAUAAAGGACCCAGUUUACUCUUCAUCACGUACCCCGAGGCCAUCGCCAACAUGAUGGGCUCCACUUUCUUCGCCAUCAUAUUUUUUGUAAUGAUGAUAACUCUGGGGCUGGACAGUACGUUUGGUGGGCUGGAGGCGAUCAUCACAGCCGUGUUGGAUGAAUACCCCGAUCAGUUCUCUCAAAGACGUGAACUUUUUGUUCUUUGUUUGGUGGUGGUCUGCUUUCUGGGCUCUUUGAGUACUCUUACAAAUGGCGGUGCCUAUGUUGUGAAGCUGCUGGAGGAGUUUGGGGUUGGCUGUUCCAUCAUUGCUGUGGGGUUCCUUGAGGCCAUUGCAGUUGCCUGGUUCUAUGGUAUCAACAGAUUCAGCAAUGAUGUUGAAGCCAUGCUAGGCAAAGCCCCGGGAAUGUUUUGGAAGGUGUGCUGGGUUGCUAUCAGUCCAGCCUUUCUGGCGUAUAUCAUGGUGAGUUCGCUACUGAAAGCCCCACGACUCACAUUGUUUGACUAUCAGUACCCAGACUGGAGCAUCACAGUUGGAUACAUCAUUGGCUUUUCAUCCCUAAUGUGGAUCCCCAUUUACAUGAUUUACAAAAUGGUGUGGACACCAGGAUCUCUCAAACAGAGGCUAGCAGUGUGUCUGAGACCGGAGAGGACCUUACCUGACAUUCACACCGACAGCCUAAACAUGGCCAUCGUUCCAUAGGAAAGAAGAUACUAUAGAUGAAAAAAAUACCUUUGUCUGUCUUGUAUCGGAAGAGUUUUUUUUAUCUGUGACAUAAUGACUGUUUACAGCUUAUGUGGUGAGUUUUUUUUUUUUUGGUAACUUAUCAAGUUAAUAAGGAAUUACAAGGUACAUUUUGAUAAUAUUAAAAAUUAAUACUUGUUUGUGUGCUCAAAGAUAUGUCUGGAUCAAUGGGACAAUGUAAAGUUUUUGCAAGUUGGUGUUUCAUAGCGUUAUAGUCUCUAAGAGUCUGUACCUGGUAUUGUUUUCACACUGACUGAUAAAGAAGGAAGGAAAAUAACAGCGUGCAUUGCCUUGCAUGGGGUAUUUCGUCAAGUCAAUCGCUGUUUACAAACUAUGAUAAAAGUUGGAUGUGUGUUCAGCUAAUUUUUUUAAGUCAAUAACGUGUGAUUUUAUAUAAUUAACAAAUGAUGUAUUUCUGGCAGCAGUUUGAGGACACAUUGUGGGGUCUUUUUUUUUUAAAUUGUGACUUUUACUCUGCGUAAUUAUUUGUAAUACAUCAUCUUCACAUGAUGUGUAGGUUUCUAUAUCAGCUGCCAAACAUUUAUGAAUGAAAAUGAAAACAAAUGAGAAAAUGAGGCUUGACUGAGGGACGGGACGGGACCCCCCCCCCCCCAACGUUACAGUCAUAAGUCUGUCAAUAAUCAAAAGAGCAGGGCAAUUUAGUGGAAACAUAGUGAUAAGAUGGUUGCGCAACGAGAUCGUUUCAAACUUCUGUCUGAUUCUUCACUUAUCUUCAAAUAGACUCUUUGGCCUUAAUCUUCCUAAAUAUGUCAGUGGAUGUACAUCAUGGGUAUUGGUUGUUUUGAUAUUGUGCCUCUCCAAACAGUGUUUUGACUUGAUAAUUGAAGAUGCCUAUUUUUUUUUUUCAACAUUGGUCAAAUCUCAUAUCCUCGCGCUUUAACUUUUUCUUUUUAUCCAGUGAGUAAUGUGAUGAGAAAAGUGAUGAUUGCUGUAUGAAUUACAUUAUUUCAGUAAAUGUCUGAUUUAA